UUCGUUUCAUAAAUAAAUUACAAAAACACCAAUUCACAUACACAUCGAUCAUGGCUCAAAUUCAAGAACUAGACCACCUCAAAAUCCCACUUCAAGACAUCAAAUUAGCCACCAACAACUUUGCAGAAGAUAACUUCAUCGGGACGGGUGGAUUCGGUCGUGUCUACAAAGGCCAACUCCCAAAUGAUCACUCCAUCGUAGCCAUAAAAAGGCUAGACAACACGAUCACCCCACAAGGACCACGUGAGUUUGCAUUGGAGAUCAUCGUGCUUGCUAGUUAUAAACACACUAACCUCACCUCUCUUGUUGGAUUUUGUGACGAUGAUGGUGAGAAGAUUCUUAUGUACGAGUAUGUGACUAAUGGAAGCCUAGAAAACCAUCUAGCCUCCGUAAAUCUCACAUGGGAGCAACGUCUUCGAAUAUGUCUUGGUGCGGCUAGUGGACUAGACUAUCUACAUGGUGGUCUGGGUACGAGCCAUAGGGCUAUACAUGGAAACAUAAAGAGCUCCAACAUUUUGUUGGAUGUGAACCGCGAAGCAAAGAUUUCAGAUUUUGGAAUGUCUAACAUAGGUCACAUGAUUGAUUCUGGUAGCCUUGGCUUUGUGGAUCCACAAUAUAAAAAUACGGGUGUGCUUUCAAAAGAAUCUGACGUGUACUCUUUUGGUGUGGUGUUGUUUGAAGUGUUAUGCAGGAGGCCUGCAGUGAUGGCUGAAUAUCACGACGAGCGUAAGUUUUUGCGUAAAGUUGUGAAACGUUGUUAUGAAGAGGAAAAACUUGAUGAAAUCAUCAUGGAUGAUUUACGCGAACAAAUGAAGCCGUAUUCGUUAGAGAUAUUCUCCACAGCGGCUUAUCAAUGUCUUAAUAAAGAUCGAAAACAACGGCCAUCUAUGAAAUCAAUCGUCCAAGAACUACGAAGCUCUUUCGAAUAUCAAAUUGGUUCACCAACAAAAUUAUGGGGAUCCAGCACCGGUGGAUCCCCAUGGUCGUUGCUACUUGACAACAAUAUGAAGCUUAGGAAGAUAGCGAUAGAUCACGAGGAUUGGAUCUUUUCUAUUGGUUUUACGGUUGAAGAUGUAAAUGGCUUGUUGAUUUUUUCUCAACAUGGUGGUACAGGCGGCGACAACAAUCGCGAACUUUAUGAGAUUAAUUUUGAUGCAGAUGAAGAAAUAAUAGGUAUGCUCGGGACAAUUGGAGUAACUACUGGAUAUUAUGCGGGUUAUCAAGUCAUCUCAUCAUUAUGUAUUGUGACUAACAAAAGGAGGUAUGGGCCUUUUGGCGAAGAGACAAUGACUCGUUUUAGAGUUCCAUGGGAUGUAGGUUCGUUUGCGGGGUUUUAUGGCCGUGCUGGAUUUUAUUUAGAUGGACUGGGUUUCUAUUCGAAGAAUACCAUAUGAAUUACUUCCAUAGUGUUCGGAUCACAUAAUUUUAUUGACAUAUUUUGUAUCAUUUUAUGUGUAAACACAAAGCUUAUGUAUCCAAGGCCAUAAGGUUAUAUUCCUAUACCGAAAUGGAAAGUAAUUUUUUGUGUAA